GUGAGGUCAAUGGUAAUGAUGAUGGUGUUAGUAGCGUGUGUUGGUGAAAUUAAGAAUGCUCAAGCAUUGGGCCGUCUUACCGUGGUCCUUGACAACGCGGAGCGUACCGGCUGAAAGGAUAGUCCCAGUGUGUGCCAGGCUUCACGAUGUUUAGUGCCGUGGGAGAUCAUCUGAGUGGGACCGCCCUGCGAGAGGAUUACGGUUACGGGCGGUCUAGUCAGCAGAUGCUUCUUCUGGCCGGUCGCCAAAACGGCAGUACUUUGGGCGAUGCCGACGGUUCGUUCAACGCGAAUAAGGCGUUACUAAUGAGUGCCCCAACAGUCAGCGUGCUGUUGAUGACCACUUCCUACGGAUCGUACGGCGUGGAGCUACCGCCAACAGUACCCUCGGCCGGCCUGCCCGGCCUGCCGCUGGGAGGGAACGACUCUUCCGUCCACUACCAGCCGCCACCCACCGUCCAUCAUCCGGCCGAUGCCGUCACCCUGUCUCCGGCGCAGGAGUUCGAUCAGCAAACGUUCGUGUACUACGCGGAGGUGCUGAGUGUGAUCAACUUCUACUACGUCCCGGCCUUGGUGCUGUUCGGCAGUAUCGGGAACGUGCUGUCGGUGCUGGUGUUUUUCAAAACCAAGCUGCGAAAGCUUUCCUCCUCCUACUACCUGGCCGCGCUCGGGCUCAGCGAUACGUUCUACCUGAUUGGCCAGUUCGUGGCCUGGCUGAACCUGGUCGACCUGAAAAUCUACAUCCAGGAAAUCUGCUGCCGCUUUUUCACCUUCUCCAGCUCGCUGUGCUGCUUCCUGUCCGUCUGGUUCGUGGUCGCCUUCACCGUCGAACGGUUCAUUGCCGUGUUGUAUCCGCUGAAGCGCCAGACCAUGUGCACGGUUCGGCGCGCGAAGAUUGUUAUCUUCGCGCUGACAAUUGCGGGAAUUUUCAUCAGCCUGCCGAUAUUUUUCUUCGCUUCACCGCAGUUCUCCGCUUCCAUGAACGACACCAUCUGCGAUAUUGUGCAGGAGUACAAAGACCAGGCGGCAAUGUUCAACUUUCUCGAUUUCAUACUGGUGUUUGUGGUACCGUUUACGAUAAUUGUCGUGCUCAACACGAUCACCGCACUGACGGUGUGGAAGUUUGCCAGCAUUAGACGCACGAUGACCAUACCACGGAGUUACGGGACAAACGUGCGCGAAUCCCGGCGACAGCUGAACAUUUCGAGCAGCCAGCUCUUUGGCAACGGCACUGUCCCCGUCCAGCAGAUACAACUCUACAGUCGUAGCCGGGUUGCGAAUUCUCAAAUCAAGGUUACUAAAAUGCUGCUUAUCGUUUCAACGGUGUUCGUUUGUUUGAACCUACCCAGCUACAUUGUGCGUGUAAAGAUCUACCUAGAGACGGAACACACCAACAUGAACAUCUAUCUGGUGCAGAACUGCUGUCAACUGUUUUUCAUGACGAACUUCGGCAUCAACUUCAUUCUGUACUGCGUUAGUGGGCAAAACUUUCGGAAGGCGAUUUUUGGUAUGUUCCAGAAGCGUAGCCAGCGGCAAAUAAAUCUCGAGCAUACCUCCGGUACUCAGGUUACAGAAUUCGUCCUCCGCUCCAAUGGUUCCAAGAUGCGAAGAAACACCACCAUAUCAGACACCGCAGAUGCGACGACGUGGCGGGAGUUGGCCGACUAUGAAAUUACCAACUUUGUUAAGUAGCAGUAGUCUCCUGUGGUUGUCUUAGCAUAGCUAAGCUCAUUUAAAUAUGUGUAAUAGUGAAUGGCGUGACAGGAGUGCUGGUAAUGUGGUGAUAUUUUCAGCGAACGAACACUCUCUGUGCGAAAGUUGUUUAAGGUUUAAGUGCUAAAUGGCAUAUUACAAAUUGUGUAAAUACUGGUGCUUUCCCAAGGCGGUAAAAUAUACAUCCUUAUU